AUGUUUUACCCUGAGACUGACAUCUUGGUCAUGUGGCGACUUUUCAACAAGAUUUCGCUCUCCAUCUCUGUUGUAAAUAUUCUGUACUUAAUUGAUAGAGAAUGGGAUGUGCUUAACUAUAUUGAAUAUUUAUCUGUUUUGGCUGUAGUUUUUGUUUUUGUUUUAGAGCGAACCUCUAUUUAUCGGCAUCACUCAAAUAGAAUGCUUUGCAUAUAUCUUAUGCAUAUUCUGUUUAUCUCUCCGCUUUUCCAUCAUAUAUUCUACAAAAUGCAGAGUAUGAUCUAUUUCGGGCUUAUUAUGAGCGCGUGCUCCUUUCUACUUUCAUUUCAUUCCUUUAUUAGCAGAUUCACUAGUACUUUUUCUGCCCUUGCUCUUUCUUCUGAAAUAGGCCGCAUAGAGUGUGCAAGUGGAUUCACAAUUAUUUUUAUGCUGCUACAGCAUGGAAUACGCAAGAUACAUCUUGCAGAUAGACAUGUAUACAUACUUCGAGCGGUUUCUCUUUCUAUGAAUAUUCUUCUAGGCAAUACAUCAGUGUUCCUUUCGCCCUGCAAGAUAUCGCUCUGGGAAUUGUUCUGUACAAUAAUUGCGCCGGGAGUGGUGAUUGUUCUGUACCAAGACAAGUGCAAAGUGCUUGCGCAAAGGAACAACAGACGUACCCCUCGAAAAAGAAAGCCACUGUUCCUUCAAGAUGAGAAGUAUAGCAGCAUGAAUGAAACAUAA